UCGAUUGGGGGAGAGAGAGAGAGGAGAGAGAAAGGAAGAAAACAAGGGGAGAAAUCACAGAGGAAAUCAAUUUCCAUUUCCAGAAAAAAAGGAACAAUUAGCUGCAGAAGUGGGAUUUUUGUUUCCUUCUUGUUUCUCUCUAUCAUCAAUCUGCAUGUAAUACAUUACACGUAGUCUCACACACACACAGACAUACACACAUAUAUAUACAUAUAUGUGUAACGUUGAGAGAAGAAGAGCUCGAUUGACACGUGAAUAUAAACCGUCAUUAUCAUUUCGGAUCGCCGUUUGUUGUUGAUAAAGCCCCAAAACAGCUCAAUAUAUUGGGGGAAUAUAUUGUGAUUACAGAUUGAUUAUCACAUAAAAGAGCAUUGUGAUUGUAUAUAUCUAUAUAUAUUUAUGUGGAUUACUCGAAGAAUUUUUUUGAUGGGGUUUCCAGCAUUGGGAAUUUGAACAGAAAUUUAUCGGGGUCUGACUGCUUUCAAUUUCGGAAAUGACUGUUGCAUCCACUAUAGCAGUUGGAUCUCAUGUAUGGGUGGAGGAUCCUGACGAAUCCUGGCUAGAUGGGGAAGUUGUCGAAGUAAAUGGUGAAGAGAUUAAAGUAAAUUGUACAUCAGGAAAGACAGCUGUAGCUAAUGCAGCAAAUGUAUAUCCACAAGAUCUUGAGGCUCCGCCUGAGGGUGUGGAUGAUAUGACAAAGCUUGCUUACCUGCAUGAACCGGGUGUUCUGUACAAUUUGAAAUGCCGAUAUAAUCUUAAUGAAAUAUAUACCUAUACAGGUAAUAUAUUGAUAGCUGUGAAUCCUUUUCAACGUUUACCUCAUCUAUACAAUGAUAAUAUGAUGGAGAAGUACAAAGGAAUGGCAAUCGGAGAGCUGAGCCCACACCCUUAUGCUAUUGCUGACAAUGCUUACAGGCAAAUGAUUAAAGAGGAUAUAAGUCAAGCAAUCUUGGUUAGUGGAGAGAGUGGAGCGGGUAAAACUGAAAGCACUAAGAGUCUAAUGACUUAUCUUGCAUAUAUGGGGGGCAGUGUAGGGGUUGAGGGGAAGCGGACUGUGGAGCAGCAAGUACUCGAGUCAAGUCCUGUUCUUGAAGCUUUUGGUAAUGCAAAGACAGUGAGAAAUAACAAUUCAAGCCGCUUCGGAAAAUUUGUGGAGAUUCAGUUCAAUAAUAGGGGUAGAAUAUCCGGAGCUGCUAUCAGAACUUAUUUGCUGGAAAGAUCACGAGUUUGCCAAGUUUCAGAUCCUGAAAGAAACUAUCACUGCUUCUAUAUGCUUUGUUCUGCGCCAGCGAAGGAUGUUGAAAAAUACAAAUUGGGGAAUCCAAGGGAUUUCCAUUAUUUGAACCAGUCUAAUUGCUAUGAAUUGGAUGGUGUUGAUGAUUCCAAAGAGUAUCUUACUACAAGGAGGGCAAUGGAUAUAGUUGGAAUCAGCGCUGAGGAGCAGGAUGGGAUUUUUCGAGUUGUGGCUGCAAUUCUUCAUUUAGGUAAUAUUGAGUUUGGGAAGGCAAGUGAUGGUGAUGCUUCUCAUCCCAAGGAUGAUCAAUCACGAUUCCAUCUUAAAACCGUUGCAGAGCUUUUGAUGUGUGACGAACAAUGUCUUGAAGACUCCUUGUGCAAACGUGUCAUGGUUACUCGUGAUGAGACCAUAACAAAAAGCCUCAAUCCGACUGACGCAGCAGUCAGUAGAGAUGCUUUGGCUAAAAUUGUCUAUUCAAGAUUGUUUGACUGGUUAGUUGAUAAGAUCAACAACUCUAUUGGACAAGAUUCUACUUCAAAACUCUUAAUUGGACUGCUGGAUAUUUAUGGCUUUGAGAGUUUCAAGACAAACAGUUUUGAGCAAUUCUGCAUAAACUUGACUAAUGAGAAACUGCAGCAACAUUUCAAUCAGCAUGUUUUCAAGAUGGAACAAGAAGAAUAUACAAAAGAAGAGAUUGACUGGAGUUACAUAGAAUUCGUAGAUAACCAAGAUAUUCUUGAUCUUAUUGAAAAGAAACCAGGUGGCAUCAUUGCUCUCCUUGAUGAGGCUUGUAUGUUUCCGAGAUCUACACAUGAGACAUUUGCGGAGAAGCUGUACCAGACAUUCAAAGAUCAUAAGCGUUUCACCAAACCAAAGCUGUCACGCACUGGUUUCACCAUAAGCCAUUAUGCGGGUGAUGUCACAUACCAGACGGAGCUUUUUCUGGAUAAGAACAAAGAUUAUGUUGUUUUUGAGCAUCAGAAUCUUCUUAGUGCUUCAAGUUGCUCCUUCAUCUCUAGCCUCUUCCCACCUUUACCAGAAGAAUCUUCUAAAUCAUCAAAAUUUUCGUCAAUUGGUUCUCGAUUCAAGCAACAACUGCAAUCUCUGCUUGAGACUCUUAGUGCAACUGAACCUCAUUAUGUUCGCUGUAUAAAACCUAAUAACUAUCUGAAGCCUUCAAUCUUUGAGAAUAGUAAUGUUCUGCAGCAACUCCGUUGUGGGGGUGUUAUGGAGGCAAUCAGGAUCAGUUGUGCUGGAUAUCCCACCCGAAAGACUUUUCAAGAAUUUAUAAACCGUUUCAAAAUCCUUGAGCCUAACGUAGCAAAUGGAAGUUGCGAUGAAGUCACUGGUUGUAAGAAACUUUUGCAGAAAGCUGAUCUUAAAGGUUAUCAGAUUGGCAAAACUAAAGUGUUUCUCAGAGCUGGUCAGAUGGCAGAACUAGAUUCUGUUCGUAAUCAGGUCCUUGGGAAAUCUGCUGCAAUAGUCCAGAGAAAAUUUCUUUCAUUCUUUGCGCGUAAAAGCUUCCUGACAUUACGCAUGGCAGCUAUACAAAUUCAAGCUCUGUGUAGAGGGCAAGUUGCACGGUGUAUUUAUGAGCGAAAGAGGAGAAAGGCUGCUGCUACGACCAUCCAGAAAGAUGGAAGGAUGUUUCUCUUUAGGAAAACUUAUACAGUUUUAUUGUCUUCUGCUAUGGUUAUUCAAGCAGGACUUAGAGGAAUGGCUGCUCGCAAUGAGCUUCUGUUUAGAAGGAGAAACACAGCGGCUAUUCUCAUCCAGAGACAUUGCCGAAGAUACUUGGCCAGCCAUCAUUUCUCAAGCUUGAAGGAGGCAUCAAUUCCUUUACAAUGCGCUUGUAGAGUAAUUAAAGCUCGCAAAGAACUACGACUACUUAAAAUGGCUGCAAAGGAAACUGGUGCACUCCAAGAAGCCAAAGAAAAGCUGGAAAAGCAAGUUGAAGAACUGACUUUGCAGCUGGAGUUGGAGAAGCGCCAGCGACAUGACAUCGAGGAAGCCAAAAAUCGUGAAAUUGCAAAACUACAAUCUGCUUUGGAGGAAAUAAGAAUGCAGUUAAAAGAUACCAAAGAUCCUGAAACUCUAAAGAAGGUAUCCGAGCAAGUUCUUCCAGCAGCGUCCGAGCAAGUUCUUCCAGCAGCGUCCGAGCAAGUUCUUCCAGCAGCGUCCGAGCAAGUUCAUCCAGCAGCGUCCGAGCAAGUUCAUCCAGCAGCGUCCGAGCAAGUUCUUCCAGAAGUAUCCGAGCAAGUUCCUCCAGCAGUAUCCGAGCAAGUUCUUUCAGCAGUAUCCGAGCAAGGUCCUCCAGCAGUAAUUGAUAAUGAACUAGUCCGGAAAUUAACAGCUGAAAAUGAAAAGCUGAAGAGUUUAGUGAGUUCUCUGGAAAAGAAAGUAGAUGAAGGAGAGAAGAAGUAUGAAGAGUCGAACAAGCUAGCUAUGGAGGCAGAGACAAAGAUAAUUAAGCUGAAGACCGAAAUGCAGAGGCUUGAAGAGAAAAUUUCUGACAUGGAGACAGCAGAUCAGGUUCUCCGUCGACAGGCUUUAAUGAAUAAUCCUUCAGGGAAACUAUCUGGGCAUUUACCUUCAACUACUCAUGAAGGGGAGAAUGGUCAUCAAGAACUUUUGAGUGCAGCACCAAGUAAAAGAUUUGGUACUGAAUCAGAUAGCGCAUUGAGGAAAUCUACCAUUGAAAGGCAACGUGAGUCCGUAGAUACUCUUAUUAGGUGCAUCACAAAAGAUGUUGGUUUCAAUGAAGGAAAACCAGUUGCUGCACUUACAAUUUACAAAUGCCUGUUCCACUGGAGAUCUUUUGAAGCCGAAAGAACUAAUGUUUUUGAUCUGCUUAUUCAGAUUAUUGGUUCAGCAAUAGAGGAUGAGGCAAACAAUGAUCGUAUGGCUUACUGGCUUUGCAACACAUCUACACUACUGUUUUUACUCCAACGAACCCUUAAAUCUGCCUCUUCAUCUCAACCUCCUCAGCCCACCUCAUUUUUCGGAAGGAUGGCUCAAAGUUUUCGGGCAUCCCCAUCCUUUGCCAACAUUUCUAUAGGUGGGCUUGAUGGAAUCAGGCAGGUUGAAGCCAAGUAUCCAGCUUUGCUCUUCAAGGAGCAGUUGACUGCUUAUAUUGAGAAGAUUUACGGUAUUAUUCGAGAUAAUGCAAAGAAAGAAUUGUCACCCGUUCUUUCAUCAUGUAUCGAGGCACUCAAAACAUCCCCCAGUCAAUCUGCUGGUGAAAGUGCUACUAGUAACUGGCAAAGCGUCAUUGAUUGUUUGAAUGGGCUUCUAAGUACACUGAAAGAUAAUUUCGUUCCUCCAGUCCUUGUCCAGAAAAUCUUCGUCCAGCUUUUCUCUUAUAUAAAUGUUCAGCUCUUCAAUAGCCUUCUUCUCCAUAAAGAAUGUUGCACGUUCAACAGUGGGGAAUAUGUAAAGACAGGGUUAACUGAAUUAGAACUUUGGUACGGUGACACACAUGAGUAUGCAGGCUCAUCAUUUGAAGAACUAAAAUAUGUGCAGCAGGCUGUAAGGCUUCUGAUUAUGCAACAAAAAUCGGAACUAACCUAUGACGAUCUUACAACUGAACUUUGCCCUAUACUGAGCAGUCAGCAGCUUCAUAGAAUAUGUACUCUUUAUUGGGAUGCUAAUAGUUCAGAUAAUGUACCUCCAGAAGUAAUUUCUAACCUGAAGAUACUUACAUCAGAGGACUCUAAUGAUCCUGAUAGCAACUCAUACUUGUUGGAUGAUAACUCCAGCAUCCCUUUGCCAGUUGAAGAGCUUAGCAGUUCUCUCCAAGAUUUAGAUUUCAAAGGCGUAAAACCUCCAGAAGAACUUCUUGAAAAUCCAGCCUUUGAAUUCUUACAAGGUUAAGGCUGUGAUUUUUUCUCAGCAGCAACGUAUGCAUUAUAUUUAUACACUUGUUGAUACCAUAAUGUACACCAACUUGAUUCUUUUUGUAACGUCAGUUGUCUCAUCACCCUCCCGACUAGAUUGUUGUGUAGAAUCUGUAGAAUUCGUAGGUAUAGUCAGAUAAAGGGGGGAGUGAUGAGUUUUUGUCCACUUAGCUCUAGUUCUUUUUUCGUGCCUUUGGGAUUAUAUUCUGGCCAUCAACCUUUUUAGAAACUACAGGCAGAAAUAGUCUUAGAGGAGCUGCCUCCCAAGUUCCAGAUGUAUAAAUGAACAUGUUUAUUGUUCAAUAGUGAAAAAAGGUUGAUGAUUGAAUCCUUC